AUGGUCCUGGUCAUGAAACUUCUGUUCCUCACCUGCCUAUGGCCAACAGCAGUGCUACACAGCUCUCACAGUCAGCAUCACCGUCUUCAUCGUCGGCAACAAAUGUCAUUCGCAAGAAAACAUAACAGCAAACGAGAAAUUAAAAUGAGGAAACUUGACAGCACGAAGGUCCGACCACUCAAAACUGAGCAGCUUCUUCACAUAGAGGACCAUGACUUUGCUCUGAGACCUGGAUUUGGAGGGUCACCAAUACCUGUGGGCAUUGAUGUGCAGGUGGAGAGCAUUGACAGCAUUUCUGAAGUUGACAUGGACUUCACAAUGACUUUAUAUCUCAGACACUACUGGAAGGAUGAGAGGCUCUCAUUCCGAAGCAACAAAAACAAAAGUAUGACUUUUGAUGGACGGCUGAUAAAAAAGAUCUGGGUGCCUGAUGUGUUUUUUGUGCACUCCAAAAGAUCUUUUAUCCAUGAUACAACUGUGGAAAACAUCAUGCUCCGAGUGUACCCUGAUGGCAAUGUCCUCUUCAGCCUGAGAAUAACAGUUUCUGCUAUGUGCUUCAUGGAUUUCAGUAGGUUUCCUCUGGACACACAGAACUGUUCUUUAGAACUGGAAAGCUAUGCAUACAAUGAAGAUGAUCUGAUGUUGUACUGGAAACAUGGAAACAAGUCCCUGAGCACAGAUGAGCACAUCUCCCUCUCCCAGUUCUUCAUUGAGGAAUUCAGUGCUUCCAGUGGACUUGCUUUUUACAGCAGUACUGGUUGGUACAACCGACUUUUUAUCAACUUUGCACUCCGCAGACAUAUUUUCUUUUUUGUGCUACAAUCCUAUUUCCCAGCCAUGCUGAUGGUGAUGCUGUCUUGGGUUUCCUUUUGGAUUGACAGAAGAGCUGUUCCUGCCAGGGUGUCAUUAGGUAUAACUACAGUACUGACAAUGUCCACCAUCAUGACAGGAGUAAGUGCCUCAAUGCCUCAAGUGUCUUACAUAAAGGCUGUGGAUGUGUAUUUAUGGAUCAGCUUCCUUUUUGUCUUCCUGUCAGUCAUCGAGUAUGCAGCAGUGAACUAUCUCACCACAAUUGAAGAGAGAAAACAACUCAAAAAAAGGGGCAAGGCUUCAGGAAUGUACAGCAUGGACGCAGUGCAAGCGAUGGCUUUCGACGGCUGCUACCACGACGCGGAUGAGGACAUGGACCUGAGUCCCUUCCCAGAGCCCUGUGAGGAGAAUGAGACCAGGGCAAGUCAAACCAACAUCUCCAAUGCUGACACACCUCGCCUGAAGAGGAAGAGAUCUCUGAAGGGAAACGUGGGCAGGAUUAUUUUGCAGAACAAUCAUGUUAUCGACACCUAUUCCAGGAUUAUAUUUCCCAGUGUAUAUAUUGUGUUCAACUUUUUUUACUGGGGUUUGUACAUAUGA